CCGGGGGCUACAACCAGCCGCCCGUUGGCUUCAACAACCUCUCACCAGACAGUAUUACUUUCAACCGUUUAGCGCGCACGCCGGGUCGAGGAGACACCGCAGAAGAAUAUUAUGCUCACCCGGAUAUUUUAGAGUUUUUUUUCUCUCCUUGAUGGACUUUAUUGCUGAUAAGGAUUAUUUUUUAAUUGUUUGGUGGAUGAGAAUUUUUGAGGGGAUUUAUGGCGGGAUUUUUUGAUUAGGAGUUGAUGAUAAUUGAAGGAUGACAGGAGUUUUGAUGUUUUGAGGAAUUGGAGAUCUAUACUACCUCGUCAUUCAAGAAAGCCUCGAGUUAUUGACUGUUGGAUUCAAUGAGGCGUGUGAUUUUUAUAAUUUUUUGAAGGAUUUUAAUUCUUGACUUUUCCAUUCCGAGUGGCAAUUUUUCAAGUGGGAACUUGUAUUUUUUUUGUGUACUUUGAUUGGAUAUUUGUGAGUGGAUUUAUACUUCAUUGACAAAUUGAUUUUUUUUAAAUUGUGCACGUGAUGCCCAAGUGACAGGAAUUAAUAUUCCUAUUGAUAUAUUUUUUGUUGUGUCUGUUGUGGUGAGUGAUAACAAGUACCCCAAUAUUUUGGAUUAUAUACGGUUGAUAUUCAACGUGCGUGGUGAAACAGGGAGAAAAGUCACGGGGAUAAUAACCCAGUAAUUUACGUGCCUCAGAAUUAAUCAAAGAGGUGAAUAAAGAAUAAUCAUCAUCCGGGGUGUCUCGAGGAGUGCCACCCCACAGUGGGGGUGGUGUUUAAGAGUUUAGUGCCGCGGCAAUGGUGGCAGCUGCCACCGCAACGGCCACCGCCACUGCCUGCGUGGUGGCCAUGCAGGACCGCCAGGAUAUACCGUCUCAGUUCAACCAGAGUCAGCAUGGAAUGCCCCACAACACCUAUAAUAGUGGUUACCCCCAGCGCGGUCCAAUGGCCGGAAUGGGUCCAGUUGGUAUGAACAACUUUACCGGAAUGACCUCAAUGGGUCCAGUGCACUCAAUGAAUUCCCUAAACUCCAUGAACACCAUGAACCCGAUGAACCCAAUGUCAAUGGCGCAAAUGAAUUCAAUGAAUUCAAUGAACACCAUGUCCCCAAUGUCCCAAAUGAACAGCAUGGCUAACGUGGGCAACAGCAUGUCGAUGAACACCAUGAUGGCAGGUAACAACAUGCAAAUGACAAAAAUGGGUAUGCAGCAGUCGCAGCAGCAAUACCCCAGGCGCUUGGCGCCGUACCCAGCCCCGGGAAUGCACAUGGUGCAGAAAAGGCAGCAAAGUCCUUACGCCAACCCAACACCCCAGCACCCAGGAAUGCAGCAAAGCACCUUCAAUAACAUGGGUAACCAGUACCCCAACAACUACCCGGGGGCCCGCGCCAACUUCCACCCCCAGUACCAAUCUGUCCAGGGUAUGAGCCCAACCUUCCCCAGCACGAUGAUCAGAGGCACCAACAUGAGACAAACGGCCCCGUCGUACAGUGCCCAGGGGGCGCCCCAGUCCAAUCAGUAUUACGGUAACACCAACACCCAACACAACCAAGUCACCAUGGCUACGAACCCAGUGUCCCACCAGGGUGGACAAUUCGUGGGGCACCAGGGUAAUCCAAGCCAUCCAAAUCACCCUGGCCACCCUCCCCACCAAACCCAUCAAGCCCACCCAACCCACCCCUCCCACCAGAGCCACCCCUCCCACCCUAGCCACCCAGGCUACACAAACGCAAACUCCUACCCUCCAAACCCCCAGUACCAGCAAGAAGUCUCUCCCAUGCGAAAUCCCUCGAACGUCCCCAACGUCUCCUACCAACACAGCCCCAUCCCCGGGAAUCCGACGCCCCCCCUGACCCCCGCCACCUCAAUGGCCCCCUACAUAAGCCCGAAUCCCGACAUAAAGCCCAACUUCAGCGACAUUAAACCGAACUUCGACAUGAAGCCGACCUUCUCCGACAUAAAAUCCCCAGCUCCAAUCCAGAAGGACGACGAACUGAGACUAACAUUCCCAGUAAGGGAUGGCAUUAUCCUCCCCCCAUUUCGUCUGCAGCAUAAUCUAGCUGUCAGUAAUCACGCAUUCCAGCUCAAGCCAACGGUCUAUCAGACACUGAUGUGGAGACAGGACUUGGAGUUACAAUUAAAGUGUUUCCAUCACGAGGACAGGCAGAUGAACACAAAUUGGCCGGCAAGUGUGCAGGUCUCAGUUAAUGCAACACCACAGGGGAUUGACAGGGGGGAGAAUAAGUCGUCGCAUAAGCCACUUUACCUCAAGGAUGUCUGCCAGAAUGGUAGGAAUACGAUACAGAUAACGGUGUCGGCUUGCUGCUGCUCUCAUCUUUUCGUCCUUCAGCUUGUGCACAGACCGACAGUGAGGAGUGUCUUGCAGGGGACAUUGAAGAAACGAUUGUUAACCGCUGAGCAGUGCAUAGCUAACAUCAAGCAGAACUUCAAUAGUUCAAUGGGUAACAAUGGAAUUAAGAGUGAGAAUGAUGUUGUUGAGCAGACGGCGUUGAAGAUAUCGUUGAAAUGUCCGAUCACGUUCAAGAGGAUUACAUUGCCGGCCAGGGGGCAUGACUGCAAGCAUCCUCAGUGCUUCGAUCUUGAGAGCUAUCUUCAAUUGAAUUGUGAGAGGGGCGCGUGGAGGUGUCCUGUUUGCUCGAAACCUGCUGUCUUGGAGGCCUUGGAGGUUGACCAGUACAUUUGGGGCAUUCUCCAUUCGACAGCUAGUACAGCGGACAUAGACGAAGUCACGAUAGACUCGGCGGCCAACUGGAGGCCUGCGAAGAGUCACUCGAGUAUUAAGAGCGAGGAGGACGACUGUAAGAGACUAAUCAAGAAGGAAGCCAUGUCGCCGGGCAGCAUGAGCAUGCCCACUAUGAACAAUUGGGAGAUGAACCAGGCCAUGAGCCCCUACAUGCCACCUGAUAUGAACAGUAUCGUCAGUGGGUCUAUGAUGAAUAAUUCCUCGCCUGGGUACAGGAGUAGUAGUAUCAAUCACAGGAAUUCUUCGGGAGGAAGCUAUGAUAUCAAUAAUGGAGCAAGUCUCGGGAGUGAUUACACGAAUGGCGCUGGACCUCUCACGCAUCUGAGUGAUUCUGUUAAUUCAUUAGAUCCACUCAAUGCUAUGGAGAAGAGUCUCAAUGAUCAGAUGCCUCAUACGCCUCACACACCUCAUACACCACACACUCCUCACACUCCUGGGGGUGGCAACAGUGGACCUCCUAGCGUACCACCAGCCUCCCAGGAAUCCGCGAAUCACAAUACCUCUGGUAAUGGUAGCACAAAUAUCAGCGGGAAUGAAACAACGGAAAUUCCUUCUGAUCUUAAUUUUGAUCCUGCGGCGGUUAUCGAUGGCGAGGGAACGGGUCAAGAAGCAUUGAACUUAUUGCCCGAUAACGUCGUAGAUCCAAUGGAGUUGCUCUCCUACCUGGACCCCCCCGAUCUCAACACACCCCCAAGCAGUGGAGCAAGCAGUGGCCAUCCCUCCUCCAAUGAUGACAUUCUGGCGUUCUUCGAAUGAACCUAAAGUAAAUAACCCCUAACGUGAAAAAAGAAGAAAUGUCACCUUUUCAAAAUAAUCAAAUUUCAAAAAAAUUAAAAAACAUCAGACUCAAGUCAUAAAACAAGUGACACCAAGUCAAUCCUCACAGUUAACCGAAAUGGCCAACAAUUAUGAUGACUAUUGACGCAAUGGAGUCACGUGGGUGCUCUCACCUAAACCAAUGGUACAAAACACUUUUUAGAUCUAAUUGUAAUAUUCCUAUGGACAAUGCUAGGGCAUACUAGGUUUACAAUUACCUAAUUAUAUUGAAAGGGUAAAAUGCUGCAGUUACAGUUUUUAAUAUGAUCUGGCUGUGGCUGUGAGUCGGUCUUAAAUCAAUAAAUUUGAGAAAAAAAAAGCAUGAUAAAAUGGACCAGAUUUCACAAUUAACGAGAUAACUGCUUCACAAAUGCACCAUUGAAACUGUGAAAUAUUGAUUAAGGGCCUCUGAUUGGUCUUUGAGGGCGGUCUACUGUCGACUGAGUGUCGGCUAUUAUUACUUGUACAGAAUUUUAUCUUUAAUAUUUUUUUUCUCAGUUCUUUUUGUAAAUAAUCUCGAUAGAUUUAAGGAUACUCAAACGUUGUAAACCUGCUUAUUGAUGGAUAAUAGCGUAUACAGUGUUCCUUUUUGUUUAGGGAAAAAUUUUUUUUUGACGAGGAUAUUAUAUACUAUAUCGUGCGACACGUAAACCAAAAGAGUAUGAUAUUCUUCCAAAUUUUUUUCAAGUGACUUUUCGGGGUAAAGUGGCCAUUGUGUGUGGAAAUGCAUCUGCAUGAUUUUUGGGGGGAUUAGUGAUGCCCAUUUCACUGAUGAAAUCGACGUUUUUUUUUUAUAUUCUUGUGAUGGUUUUUAUUUUAUAGAUGCAAUCAACGAGUCAAUUGAAAUACUUCUUUAUAUUUUUUUUUCCAAAACCUCAUGAAGUCGCCGAAAAUGAAGUUCUGAUGUUAAUGUAGGGAAUAACUGUGUUUAUUUGAAGAGGAAAUAAAAUUGAAUUUGAAGUAAUAGCUGUGGAGAAAUUAUGAUGCAACUAAGUAAAUAUGCACCCAAAAAAGAAUGGAAUUAUGUUGAUGCAAGUUUGCAAAUGAAUUGUUUCAAGUCUUCAGAUAUUCUACAAUUUUGGAUUGUGUCGAAUGUUACUACGUCUUGGUUGAAAAUUCUGGAUUUAGUCAGAUAUAUAGAUGAAUCAAGCAUAAGGAAAUCUUCAGUCAAGUGCAAGGAACUCCACUGAAUUGUGAUUGAAAUCAGUUUCUAUAUGACUUGUUGAGUCACCAGAUAUUGAAUUAAAAAAUGAGUCAAGUAUAGGCAAACCUAAAUUGAAUCAAAAGUCGAUUCAAGUUUCCAAUUAUUGUUGGACAUACUCUCCAAUUACGAGUUGAUUCACAUUUUAUUAUUCACUUGUCUUAACUCAAAGUCUUCAAUAUUAUGGAAAACAAUAUAAAACUGGCAUUCAAUGACAAUGUUAAAGUGACUCAAUUCAAGUUUUAAAUGACUUGUUGAGUGACAAUAUUCUAUUUAAAUCUGAGAAUAACUUGACUUGAGUUUAAAAAUGCUUUGAUUCAAGUCUUCUUAUGUUUUUCGGGAAGACAUGAAAUUAUGUUUUGGCUAUUUUGUAUAAAGUAAAUAAACCUGAAUUGAUUCAAAAGACUUGAUUCAAAUUUUAUUAUCCACUUGAGUCAAGAAUAAAAUUUGCAAUCAAUUUGAAAGGACGUUGACUCAACGUCUUUAAUAUUAUGGCAAACAACAUAAAAUUGUUAUUCAAUAGCAAUCAUAAAAUGACUUAAUUCAACUUUUAAAUGACUCAUGGAGUCAAGUUUAGAUAAACUUGAAUUGAUUCAAAAGACAGGACUCAAAUAUGGCCCAGAAUUAUGAUUUGAUUCAAGUCUUAUUCACGUGAGUCAAGUAGAAUAAAAUCUUCAAUAAAUUUAAGAGGAGCUUGACUCAAAGCCUUCAAUGUCAUGGAAAACAAUACUGAAUUGUUAUUCAAUAGCAAUGAUAAAAUGAUUCAAUGCAAAUUUUAAAUGACUCGUUGAGUCAAAAUAUUCGAUUUGAAUCUGAGACUGACUUGACUUGAGUUUAAAAAUGCUUCGAUUUAAGUCUCAUUAUAUCUUUCGUCAAAAUGUAAAAUCAAGUCUUACUGAACUUGAGUGAAGUAUAGAUGAACUUGGUUUGAUUCAAAUGACUUGACUCAAGUUUUCGAAUAUCUCGCGAAUGGUCUAUCGAUAAAAAUGGAGAUUUCAGUC